AUGGCCAAGGUGGGGCAGCAGUUCGAGACGGGGCACCAGGACAUGGUGCACGACGUGCAGUUCGACUACUACGGCAAGCGCGUGGCGACUUGUUCGAGCGACAGGACGGUCAAGGUCUUCGAGGUCACGGAAUCCGGCAAUCAGUUCUUGGCAGACCUUCCGGGGCAUGAAGGGCCAGUGUGGCGCGUGAGCUGGGCGCACCCGAAGUUCGGAUCCCUGCUCGCUUCGUGCUCGUUCGACCACCGAGUGAUCAUCUGGAAGGAGACCGACGCCGGGUGGAUUCAGGCGUACCGCUCGCCGGACACGGUGCACACUGCGUCGGUGAACGCGGUGGCCUGGGCGCCCAGCGAGCUCGGCCUGCAGCUGGCCUGCGCGUCCUCCGACGGGACGCUCUCCGUGCUGACGCACAGCAGCGAGAACGGGCAGUCGUCGUGGCACGUGUCGAAAGUGACCAACGCUCACCCUAUGGGCGCCACCGGCAUCAGCUGGGCUCCCGCCACUCCUGCAGGCUCCCUCAUCUCCGCAGCGCCGCCCUCGGCCCCGGUGCGCCGCCUCGUGUCGUGCGGCUGCGACAACCAGGUCAAGGUGUGGACGGCCGGUCCGUCUGGCGCGUGGGAGCAGGACGGCGGCACCCUGUCGGCACACGAGGGGUGGGUGCGUGACGUGGCGUGGGCGCCGAGCCUGGGGCUCCCGUGCAACACCGUCGCGAGCGCGGGGCAGGACGGCAAGGUGUUUGUGUGGUCGGAGGGCGAGCCGCGCGCGUGGACGCGGCACGAGCUGCACGACUUCGGGGCGCCGGUGUGGGCGGUGAGCUGGUCGGUGACGGGGGGGCUGCUCGCGGUGACGGACGGGAACAGCCAGGUGACGCUGUGGAAGCGCGCGCUCGACGGGUCCUGGCAGCAGAUUGUCGGGCAAGCGGCGUGA